AUGUUUACAAUCGUUUCCGUAACCAUUGGAUGCUAUUUAAUGUCUGCAGCUGUUCGUUUAGUAAUUCUUCCACCUUUCCAUUUGGGGGAAAUUAAUGUUUGGAUAAUUGAAUUAGCCUUUGGAACUUUAUUGAAUUUAGGGGUUGCUUUAAAUGCUGUCGUUCUUUAUAUCUGCAGCCAAGAAUAUCGUAAAUGUUUUAAUCGUGAAUUAUUACUUUUUGGGUCUCUUUUUGGAAUUAUUCGACGUGUAUCAAUUUUUUCUGUCACUGGUUUUCGAUCAACUACAUUAAAUAAUCCCGAAAUAAAUAAUAAUAAUAAUAAUCAAACUGAAGGGACGAAGAAAAAUAUUAAAAGAAAUGGAAAUAGAGUUGCACCUUGUGAUCAAUUUUAA